AUUUCAGAAUUCCAUAUUUUGAAACUCCAAUAGAUUACAAUAUUUAAACAAGACCAAGAUAAAUAAAAGCUAGUACAGCAAACAGAGGUAAUAAUUGAAUAUAUAUUUAAAAGAUAUGCAAAAUGUACUUCUCACUCUUAGAGUACUUCAUAGACCAUACAGUGAUGAAUUGCCAACCAUAUAUAGAACAUUAGGAAUUGAUUAUGAUGAAAAAGUACUUCCUUCAAUUGUUAAUGAAACAAUGAGAUCUGUUGUUGCUUAAUACACGGCAUCUUAAUUAAUGAGUUAAAGAGAUUAGGUUUCAUUUAAAAUAAGGUAAGCCUUAGAUUAAAGAGCUGCUUAAUUCAAAAUUGCUAUUGAUGAUGUUUCAAUCACAGAACUCACUUUUGGAAAAGAAUAUUUAGAAGCUAUUGAAGCUAAAUAAGUUGCUUAAUAAGAAGCUGAAAGAGCAAAAUUUGUAGUUGAAUAAGCAAGAGAAGCCAAAAAAAGUAUUGUUAUUAAAGCUUUGGGAGAAGCUAAAUCUAUUGAGCUGGUAGGAAAAUCUGCUUUAACUAAUCCAGGUAAAAUUUUUAAUCUAUUACAAUUUAGCAUUUUUGGAUGUUCGAAGAAUAGAAUAUGCAAGAGAAAUUUCAGCUAUAUUAGCAGAAUCCAGAAAUCAUAUUAUGCUACCAUCUGACAUUCUUAAAAUGGAUGCUACUGCACAUAAAUGA